AUGUGGUGGAACCCUGUGUCCCCCAACGGGUACUAUCCGCUAGAAAUGGCGAAACGUCUCGAGUGCGAAGCUCCAUGCCUAGGGGUUGAAUUUAUCGCUGGCACGAAUAGAAAGAAUAUUGAAAUAAACGUGGGCCCCGGCCCUUCACUGGGGUCGGGGUCGUCGAUAAACCGAACGCGGGGUGGUCGAUCGGGCGAAGCCGCUUCAGAGCUGGAGGCGCCCGGUUGUGUCUGCCCUGUUUGUGGGAGAGUUUUUGGGAGUAUAAGGGGAUUAGGUGUGCACAAGCGUGCCGCGCAUCCCCUAGAAGCGAAUGUGGAGGCCGCUCCCAACGCGGUGAAGCGUAGGUGGCAUGAGGAGGAGGUUGCGCUCAUGGCAAGGACCGAAGCAAGACUGACCAGAGAAUUGGGUCGGUGUGGGAACGUAGAACUGUCCAAAGCUCUACCAGGGUUCGGUAGAACUUUCGAAGCUAUAAAAGGACAGAGACGUAAACAAGAAUAUCGUGACUUAGUCAAAAACUAUCUAGAGAAUGUUGAGAACGAAUCUACGUCCCCACCACCAGAAACAGACCAAGUCAAUUUACAGCAAAACAUGGCAGUCGAGCCGAGGGCCCCAAGUGAGACGCGAUCGAAUCCGAUGUCGCCCCACGUGGAUGAUCCGCCUAGAGUAACGGAAAGCCCGGACUAUGAAACGUUAGCGUCGGGUGCCCUCAAUGACUUGCUUGAAAAAGUGAGGAAGAGAGAGGCAUACCGUAGCCGUCAUAGAAAAGGCAAGUACGGGGAACGGCAGUACACGGGAACGGAUUAUACGGACAGCUCACGCAUGCCGAACAGGCGAAAGAGGCGGAGAUUGGAGUACGCCAGAGUUCAGGAACUGUGGAAGAGAAACCCUAGUCGAGCGGCUGCAGAGGUAAUUGACGGUGUAUGCAGGAAUGCUCCACACCAGCUCGAGGAGAUGGAAGCCUAUUGGAGACCACUACUCGAGAGGGUGUCGAGCGCCGCUGGUCCCACUCCUGCUGCGUUGCGCCGUUUACGGACGCAUGGUCAGCACGGGGUGGGUGCACUCGAUUUUUCUGCUCUGUGGCAGCCAUUUACCGAAGUUGAGGUGAACCAGGCGAAGGUGGAUCUGAAAUCUGCGCCGGGACCCGAGGGCAUUAAGCCUGAGGACUGGCGCAAGGUUCCGGUUAGGACGAAGGUGGCUUUAUUCAACGCUUGGAUGCGCUCUGGCGAAGUUCCCGAAAUCCUACGGCAGUGUCGGACGGUCUUUGUGCCGAAAAAGGAGGUGCCUGCGGUGCCGAACGAAUAUCGACCGAUCUCGAUCGCGUCGAUACCACUUCGGCACAUGCACACGCUCCUGGCGCGAAGACUGCUCGCAUGCUGUCCUCCCGACGCACGGCAGCGCGGAUUCAUUUGUGCCGAUGGCACGCUUGAAAACGCAGCCGUUUUAGACGCUGUGCUGGGAGAUUGCAGGAGGAGGUUGCGGGAGUGUCAUGUGGCGGUUCUAGACUUUGCUAAGGCAUUUGAUACGGUGUCUCAUGAGGCGCUCGUGGACUUGCUGAGGCAAAGAGGACUGCCCGGACCCUUUUGCGACUACAUUGCUCGUCUAUACCAAAGUUCAGUUACAAAACUAGUCAUAAACGGUAAGACGAGCGCUCCUGUCAAGGUGGGACGGGGGGUUCGCCAAGGCGAUCCGCUCUCGCCUAUUCUGUUCAACAUUGUUAUGGACCUUGUUCUGGCGGCCCUACCCGAUAAUAUUGGCUAUAGGCUGGAGGGAGAACGUGUCUCCGCUUUGGCGUUUGCAGACGAUCUCGUCCUCGUGACGGGGUCCAGGGUGGGCAUGCAGGAGGCGAUUGACAGUGUUGACAGAACGAGUGGGCUUAUGGGCUUACGCCUGAACCACUCUAAGAGCUCAUGUCUCUCGAUGGUUCCCGACGGACAUCGCAAGAAACACCACUAUUUAACCGAACGGACGUUCCGAAUUGCGGGACGUCCAGUAAGACAGGUAACUUGCGUUGAACGUUGGAGAUAUCUUGGGAUUGAGUUCGAGGCAACCGGAUCGACUACGUUGGAGAUGGGAAUCAGUGAAGCCUUAAAUAACAUUAUGAAAGCGCCGCUCAAACCGCAGCAGCGAUUGCAAAUAGUUCGAGCUCAUCUGAUUCCCAGAUUCCUUCAUGGUCUUGUGCUUGGGCGUGUGACGGACAACCGUCUUCGCAUGCUCGAUGUGCUAAUCCGGGGUGCGGUCCGUAAAUGGCUCAGAUUACCUGGAGAUGUGCCGAAUGCCUACUUCCAUGCUUCAAUUAGAGACGGCGGCCUAGCGAUCCCUUCUCUUCGAACGAGCAUUCCCGACCUCAUCUCAAAGAGGUUCGGGAAGCUUCGAACGUCGAGUUGGCCAGUGGCGGUGGCUGCGUCCAAAUCCGACAGGAUUCGUAAGAAAUUGAGCUGGAGUAGUCGGCAGCUCCAGAAGUUCUCGAGAGACGAUCCCUUUAGGCAUGCGCCGUCGGUGCGUGCCUACUGGCGACAAUCCCUUCACGCCUCUGUCGACGGAUUCGAACUUCGCGAGUCCGGUCGAACCCCAGCAUCCACAAAGUGGAUCAGGGAGAGGUGCCACGGGAUUAGCGGUCGCGACUAUGUGCAAUUCAUUCAUACGCAUAUCAAUGCCCUCCCCUCUAGGGUGAGGAAUUCGAGAGGACGAAGAGUGGGGCGUGAGUCGGAGUUGAACUGCCGUGCGUUAUGCAUGGUCAAGGAGACGACGACUCACGCAAUCCAGCAAUGUCACCGAACGCAUGGUGGGCGUAUCGAGAGACAUAAUGCCGUAGUAAGAUUAGUCGCGGCCGCUAUGUGCGAAAAGGGAUGGUCUGUGAUCGAGGAGCCCAAGAUUCGCACUUCUAUGGGGUUGAGGAAACCGGAUCUCAUCGCGUCGAGGGAUGGUGUCGGAGUAAUCGUCGAUACUCAAAUAGUAUCAGGGCGCAAGCCGCUUGACGAUUCACAUAGAGACAAAUGCAAAAAGUACGGCUCUCAUGAGCAGCUUGUCAAAAAGGUGGCGGUGUUACUUAAUCUGCCGAGUUCGGACAGUAUAACGACGACCUCCUGCACCGUCUCGUGGCGUGGAGUAUGGAGCCCUCGUUCCCACGACGAACUAAGUUCGAUCUUGGGACUAGACAAAAGGGUUCUAUCUGAGUUUCCCAUUAUAACUCUUAGAGGCUCUCACAUGAACUGGGGGCGAUUCAAUCGGAUGACGACAGUCUCUGUGGCUGGGUCGACCGAUCGAGCACUCAGUGAACAGUGA